UGAUCGUACGUUUUCCUCAUAUAAUUUCAUGACAAUAAAAGCAUCAUUUGAAGAUUUAAAAUGUGAAAUUCCAAAAACUCGUGCACAAGUAAAGUAUCAAAAUCUACUGACACAUUUUUCAAUACAACCAGUAGCAAACCUUUUCUUUUAA